GCUGGGCUGCGUUCAGCUCUGUCUUUAAACGGCGACCCGCGUGCGUCCUAAACAGCGGACUCUAGAGGUCUCCAUCCUUCGGCAUUCACUCUCUCCCGCUCUCACACUGUCUCAGACGCGCGAGCCGACUACACUACACUCUCGCGCACACAUUCUUGUGCAUCGCGCGCUCGGACAUCGCACACACGUUUUUUACACGCGCUCGCGGAGGCUCCAGCUACAGGAGCAGGAGGACGCGCUGUUGUGGCGGGGAAGAGGGAAGGAGCUCGAGACAGACCACUGAAACUUCGACCCUCGCGCGCGAGCUUCUACGACCUUCCCUCGAUCGGCCCGGAUGGAGACGUGGCGGCUCUCGCGCCUCCGUUCCGUUUGUCGCGCGUGGUAGUAGCUAUGCGGCGCUCGCGCAUCUACUCCUUCUUCGCCGCCUCGUGCUGCUUUGUCUGCUCUUUGUUGGACUGAACGCGGGAGGGUAUUUUUUUGGGAGCGUGCUGGGCUGGGUUUUGGGGUGAUCACGCGCGUGUGUGUGUGUGAGAGAGAGAAAGUCUGUGUGUGUGUGUCUGAGACUCGCGUGAAGACACUCGUAUCGGAGCCGGCGUGCACCGGUUCCACCUUCAGCCUUCACGGACCCCUCACCUCCAGCGCGCGCCGUGAUGUCGGUCCCGCUCCGGUCCCUGUUUCUCGUGCUGCUGAGUACACUGUCCACCGGGGCUCAGACGGAGAUGAAGCGUGUUGUCGGGGACAAUGCCACGCUGCCCUGUCAUCACCAGUUCUGGCAGUCAAACGGACAGUCGCUGGACAUCGAGUGGAUCCUACAGAAGCCCAACGUCAAACAGCGUGUGAUCAUCACCUUCUUCAACAACGAGGUCUACACUAACGAUGUCCCGGCCAGUCGUCUCUCGUUUGCGGGAGAUUAUCUGAACGGUGAUGCGUCUCUGCUGAUUAAUGAGCUGCAGCUGAGUGACUCUGGAGAGUACCACUGUAAAGUGAAGACUGGAGGGAAGUACCACUGGACCCAGGUCAACCUCAUCGUUCUGGUGAAGCCGUCGAAGCCGCGCUGCUGGAUGGAGGGCCGGCUGUUGGAGGGCAGCGAUGUGAGGCUGAGCUGUAAGUCAGCGGACGGCUCUGACCCCAUACACUACAAGUGGGAGCGAGUUCUGGACAAGGGCAAAAGCGUGGGCAAGCUGCCCCCACUCGCCCUCAUCGACCUGAAGAACCCGGAGAUCGUGACGCUGAGGAACUUGACCCAGGACAGCUCAGGGGUGUACAGGUGCACAGCCAGCAACGACGUGGGAGAGGAGAACUGCAUCAUCGAAGUCACCAUGCAGUAUGUGCGAGGGAUAGGUGUGGUAGCUGGUGCUGUGGUGGGAGUGUCCUUCGGGGUCCUCAUUAUCAUCAUCAUCAUCUGGCUUGUGUUCCGCAAGAAAGAGAAGAAAAAGUAUGAGGAAGAGGAGACGCCCAACGAGAUCAGGGAAGAUGCAGAGGCUCCCAAGGCCAAGCUUGUGAAACCCAACUCCCUCUCGUCUUCCCGCUCGGGCAGCUCCCGCUCCGGCGCCUCCUCCACCCAGUCCAUGGUGCACAACAGCGCCCCCCGUGUCCACCGCCCCCGACCCCCGGCCGUCGCCGCCCUCAAGGAGAACGGACAGCCCCCCGACUUCCUGCAGUCGCCCCCGGCCUACACACAGGUGGUGUCCAAGACCCCCGAACCCCCGGCCACGCCCAAAUUCAGGCUGCCCAACCCACCGGUGGGCGUGGCCUUGAGCGUGCCCCCGGGUGUGAUGAUUCCCGGCCAGAGCAAGGCCUUUCAGACUGUGUAGGGGACGAGAGGAACCCACGAUGCUUUGACCCCCCUCUGUUGCGGAUACAUGAGCCCAACGCUGAUACAUGUACAUGUACAAAAAUGUAAGAAUAUAAAUAAAAAAACACGCGUACAAAAUUAAAAACGGAUGUAAGUCAAAAAGAUUCAGUUAUAUAAAAAACUGCAAGUUUAAAUGAAUGCCUACUUUAACGGGAAAAUACAAAGUAAGUGCUUGCCCUGCCCCGCCCCCUUUUUGCUGAAUUAUACAAAGAAAAUGAGAGAAAAAAAAAACACAAAUCGUUUUUUUUUUUUUUUGCUUCACGAAAAACAUUUCUGCACUUCUACUCUUGCUCUGUAGUUUUCUCUCUCUCUCUCUCUCUCUGUCACGAUCUUUAAUUCUUUCAUUCCCGCCCCUCUUUUUUCUUCUUUCUUGCUGUUCUUUUUGUUUUUUCGUUCCUACAAAAAAAGGAAGCGUGGUGAGCGACGAGGUGGAAGGAUUUCCGCCCCCAAGAGGGGCUUUAUUUAUUUAUGGAGACGGCGAAAGGGCCAAGAAAGCCAGGGCGGGCAACGAGUUUAUGAACUUGCAGGGACUGAUGGAUGAUGGGAAGAGAAGAGAAAAGAAAAGACAUUUCUCACCUCGUGGAGAUCGUGCUCCCGAUCCUAAGCGAUCAAAUUCCGACUCGUCACAUCACGCCAUCCACCGCACCUCUUUGCCAGUAUGGGGUGAAGGCGGGCCAUAGUGCGGGAGGAAUGGGCAGAAUUCCUGACAGUGAGGCCGAUGCGGAGAUGUCAGAAGGAUUAGCUAGCUCUGUAGCUACGUCUAGCUACGUGUGUUAGCCUUGGCUAAUGUGAGGGUGGUGGGUACACGUGUCAAUGAACGCUACUGGUUUCUUCACUGACCACUCUUCACACGUCUACAGCUACAGCUUCUGAUAGCACAUACUACACUGUGUGACAACUGUCCUUCAUAUACGUUACAAAUAUUUACAUAUUUACCUGUUUAAGUCUAUAUGCCUACAGUAUAUGACCUGGAUAUGGAUGGAUGUUUUUCUUAAAGGGGUUCUUCUUUUUUGUCGUGGGUCACUGGACACUGUAGGUCUCUCAGGCUGACUGAUGGUAAUGAUCUCGACAGUACUGACCCGUGGCAUGGCCAACAUGACUAAUGGUAUACAGUUGUUUUACUCUCAUAGCUUUAUUUACUUUAUUUACAGUAUUACCAAAACCAAAACUUGCGUGGAAAAACGAUGAAUGUGUGUUUAACAGAUUUUGAGAUUCUUUUUGCUCUGUUCCCGUUUCUUUUUUUCCUUUACAGAAUAUUUCCUGAUUAAUUCAUCAGCAUUCGAGGCACAAACUAUGUAAAAAACAAGUAUAAAGAGUGUCACACUGAGGUUCUACAAUUAGGAAUGGAACUGUACCAUUCAAAUGUUUGGACAUUAAAAAUAUUCCUCAUUUUUAGACUUUAGACUAAAGAAGGUAUCUGUAUCUGUAUUAUAAGGUAUGGUUCUAUAAUAUAGAACCAUUUGGAUGCUUGUAAGGUUUUUUGUUUAUAGAUGGUUCCGCAGUAUAUCCUCCUAAGACCUGGCAAUUCAUUUUUGUCCACUAGAACAGAUACAGGCCUGGGAUUAUAUGCCAAACACUAUUUAUGUAUUAUGCAUAUCAUUGCUGUCCAAUGAAAAACACUUUUCUUCAAAACAGCAACUUUACAGGAGAAAGAAAAAACCUUGUAAACUUUUUAUGGAAGUCAAUGUAAAAAGAGUUUAUUUCAGGUCAUUUUGAAGAGUUUCUAUUGGUCCGUUCAUCAUGAAAUUUUGGCACAGUGUAAGGGACAAUUUGUCUGCUCAAAUUAUGUAGAAAACAAAAAAUCGACAAAAAUUAAAAUACGUUUUUUUUCAUAGGAAAGUGAUGAUAUGUUUAAAGGAGCAUUAACGAUUAUAUUUUUUGUAGUAGCUCAUAACAUGAUCAGGAUGUAUCAACAGAUAUUAUGGAAACAUGCUAAGUUUAAGCACUGGCAACUCGUGUCAGCAGAGCUUCAGCCAGUAUUUUCUUAUUUUAACCUUUUGUGCAGAACGUCUCAUCUGACAAUCUGUGUGGGAUGUGGCCUCCAAAUCUGCUCAGCACCGUUUCCUCAGUCCCAUUUCCACACUCAGGAUUGCCAGGUAUAGACAACAGCAUGCAAACAGUGAGCUACAGCCAUGAAAACGGGAGAACGGGACAAUUUUUUUUGGCUAAACAAGUAAUCCUACACAAGUAAACAAGUAAGGUUGUUAGGUAGAGAAGGGCAUUUUGAACAUUGAAAUGCAUACAUCCUCUGAUUAGCUACAGAGUAAGAUCCUUCGUCAUUUGCCACUUUGUGUCAAUCUGGCAACCCCUGUGUGAGUUUUGUGUCUGAGGAGUUGGGUGGGGCAGAAAACUUUAUCCAGUGUUUGGAAAUUAGACUAAUGUAGCCAUUUCACACCCUAGCUUCCAUUUAUUAUUACUGAUUGUUCCUUUAAAUCCUACUGUUCUGCCAAGAGGACAUUCUAUACGUUCUAUUGAAGCCUUAGGUUUGGGGGUGUGGCCAACAGAGCACAAGGACCUUUUUUCUAUUAUUUUCAGAUUGCCUGCAAUUGCAUCUUUCACAUUUUACAGCAACAACCUGGGCAAGUAGUCAAUUUUGUUUCCAGAUUGUUUUGUUUCUCUUGCUAAUAAUAAAAUGUUUUCCACAAAAGGAGGUGCAUAACUUUUAUUUAGUAUGAUUUCAGUAAUGUACAGUAAUUGUAACCCUUGCAAACCAGUCUUUUUAUUCAGUUUUCUCUGUAGUGAACAGCAGGAAUUACUGCCUCCCAUUUUUCCUGAAAUUUCACUGAAAUGUUUCUUUCAAAUAAAUCUGUAAAUGUGUAUAUCAAAACCUUUUUUUCUGGAUCUCAGGAGGAUAUAGAACCAGUUUUAAAGAUGGACUGACCAUAAACAAUCCAUUUCCUGUACAAUAUUGAACCCCUUUAUGUUCAAAGUAUAUUAUUUGACAUUUUAGAUUCAUAAUAAAGACAUUAAACAAUUGUGAACUAUUGGAAAUCAAUCAUUUUUGGAAUAUUAAUGGGAGUUAUGUCAUGGCAAAAAUAAGUGUUAGAUACUAUUUUGGGUUCUUUAAAGUUGGCCCAGUUUGUGUUGAUGGCACUCUCUCAAGCAGCUUCACAGGGAACCAGCUGGGAUGAUUUUCCUCUGUGCUAUUUAUAUUUGUCUUUGUCAGAUUUCCACUGUUUUAAACACACAUUGUUGCUGUUGGAGCAAAACCUUGUAUCUCCAAAACUGUAAAGAGAGAAAAAAAAGUCAUAUGUGGUUAAAUUUCUAUAGGAAGUUGAAGUAAUGUAAUUUUAUUACAGGAAUUCUGUACUGUUUAUGAAAACAGCAGAUGUAUCUGCUACGAACAUUUUCCUGAAGGUUUGCCACAGACUUCAACAAAUUGAGGUGUCUGUAUCAUUGAUGAUGAAAAAAUAAUUAAUUAAAAAUAAGCUUAUUUUACAAGAGAUUUACAAUUUUAUUACUCUUAUAAUAGCUACGUUACCCCACUCUCCCAAAUUAAAUUAAUCCCGUCCAAAUAAUGCUUUGGUUAAUUGACCAAAAUAGAGGAUUUGGAAGAAAUUAUCUUUUUAUGCUUCCUGUGUCAAGGUCAAUAUGAAUCUGGAGCCUAUCCAGAAUCAUUGAUUACAUCAAGGGUCCAAUUUACCAUACCCAGACCACCAUAAUACCAUCACAGAUCACUGUGUGAUUUGGGGAGGUGAAACGCAUAGACCUGCGCUGUUAAAAUAGCAACAGAGUUUAUGAAUAUAUCAACUCUAAUGGGUGUGGUGGUCUGGAAGUGAGGUGUGUUCAGGCAAAUUUCAGGUGCAUUGCUAUCUUGGCGGCGGACAACAGCAGUGUGCAUAUCCAUCUUUUACAUCAAGAAUAAACAGAAUACUAAAUAAAAUAACUGCUGUUCCUGUAAAUGACCUGCUUGCACAUGUUCACAGCUUGUAUGCACAGGUCAGUUUCCUCUGCUGAGAACCUCAGAAGCACUGUGCUGUUAAAAUAGCAAUCUGCCAAAGUCUGAGCACACCUGGUUCUUAAAGUGAAUGACAUGUAACAUGCUGAUUGGUUUAUUUCAAAUUACACUCAAAACACACUCAUGAUUAAUAAAGAGAAUUAGUGCAUGCCUUUUGCACGUUUUGAGCUGCGGAAGGCAUAUUUUUCUGCAUCCUCGUGAUAGCAAACAUGCACACUGACACGCCCUAAAUCAAGAUCUGUGGUGCAUGGUUGGUGGCACGCCUAUAGAUCACUAAUAUAGCAAGGAUCAAACCCACAACCAUAGGUAGCUGUGCAAGAAACACCACAGUACAGCCAUUUUCCAAUUCUAUAAAAAUAAACAAAACAUGGCAAAUUUGGAGAUAUAAAGUUCUGCUCUGACAGAAACGCAUUUUCACCAAAAUAUAGAAGAUGGGCAUGUCCAAACUUUUGACUGCUACUGUACCAACCCAGAGUGUGCAUACAGGCCAUUAUCUGUGAAUUCAAGGCCCUCUUCCUUUCCUACAUUAGGUGUACACUGGUGUGCCCCAUGUCUCUCCUAUAGGACCCCUAAUGAUGUUCUAUAACAGGAUGGCUGCCUCGUUGUGUCAGCAACCCUUCGCUCCUCUGCCACAGGGACCCGUCAUUACCCCUCUCUCGGAGUCCCGGGACGACUGACGCGGGGCAUUUUGCGAGAUUCCGGGCAGACAAGUAGCCUAUUUUGUGUGCCUUCUUAGCCCUGUCUCUUCUUCCCCUGAGAUUGUUUUAAGAUUGUUUUUUUCCUCUGUCCAUCUCAGCAGUGCACCAAAUACUAAACUAGCGUCCACCUAAGCAGUGGCUUGGACUUUUAGGGGGGCGGGGCAGGGCGGCGAAGGGUUCAUUUACGAUUGGGCAGGCGGUCCAGCCACACCAGUCGUGUACAGUACAUGUUGUAAUCAUACCGAUGUUUUAUAUUGUACAUACAAGACAGUACAGAUAGAUAUAUGCACACAGUAUGCUUUAAGUUAUCGGGAUGGUGGUCCCAGUUAAAGACCGCCCGUACUGUAGAUGAACAUUUUAAAGUGUUUUUUUUUUUUUUU